AUGUAUUUUAUAGUUGCCGUUUUACAUCUUGUUAAUUUCUUUCUUGUCGGAUUUGGUGCUAUAUAUGGAGUACUUACGCCUUUUGGGAUAUCAGGAAUUAUUGGAGGUUAUAAUCGUAAAAAAUCCUUGUUGAGGAGUUUUAUAAUUCAAUAUUGGCUUGCUUCUGCGAUUCUCAUUGGAAUUAGUGUUGCUAACAUAUUCCUUGCUCAGAAUUUUCGAAAUGAUACAAUUCGAAAAUGUCAAAGCGAUCGUUUUUUUCAAAAUGAUCUUACAUUACCUAGUUGCUCUGAUAAAGUUUCCUCUGCUCAGAAUGCAACUUUAAUAUUUGCUAUUGUUCAAGGAUCAUUAUUGGCAUUUUUUGGAAUUUUGGUAUUAGUGUUUGGUAUACGUUUAUGUAAGGAUAUAUCAAUAGAAGAAGAGGCAAAUAGUCUUAUUUCAAAAGCUAAUUUUAAAGAAAAGAACGAAGCAACCUCAUCAUCAAAUGACCAUUUAUCACCUUCUACCUCAUUACAUCGCAACAACAGUAAUAACAGUACUAACAGCAAUGCUAGUAACGAUGAUGGUUAUAUUGAUCUUAGUCGUAAUCCCAACACUAUAAACAACUUUGUUCUGCCACGAUAUAAUCAAGGAUACAUAUACCCGACCAGUGAUACAUCUAUGCCCGUACCGUAUACGGGUAUACGUCGUCAUCCAACAAAUCCCACUCGGAUUCCCUCAAAUCGUAUGCCAGGUAGUGACCUAUCACGCUACCCGACUACCGUUAAUAACGUAUCUGUAAAUAGAGAUCCUGUGACCAUAACACUUCAAACAAACAACAAUAAUAAUUAUUCACAAAGAGCCUAUGCAAAUGACGUUUACGCAAAUAAGUCUCGUAGACCACAACAUGCAGAUCCUGGUCGUUCAUUGUCUACUAGAAAAUAUAAUGAUCAAGUUAACCGAAUUCCUCUACCAUAUUCAUCACAAUCAGCACCAAUACCUACUAUAACAACAAAAAACGGACAAACUAACAAUUGGAAUAUGUACAACGAUGAUUAUAAUGAUUAUAAUAAUCAUCCAUACAAAUAUGUGUAA